AUGCUUAUGACAUCCGGUCUAGCUGUUAGAUACAAAGGAUCAAUCGAUUGCAUAGUUUAUGAUAUUCGUAACGAAAGUGUUACUUCAUCACUAUUAAAAGGAACUGGUAGCAAUAUUGUAAGAGGUAUUGAGGGUACUGGUGUUUUAGUUGGCCUUGAUAAGCUUGUACAAUUUUAUACCGGUACCAAAGUUGAUACUAAUACUAGUGGGGGUCGCUAA